AUGGCUACCGUUUGCUCUCCCUUCUCCAAGGCCGUCGUCAGGUGCAUGCAGAAGCUUUCCCUGAUUCAUAUGCAUUCUGUUUACCACUUGCUAACACCAUCUCUCGAAGUACUCCUAGAAGCACCACUGAACAAGCAUCGCCGGCUCAACAACUCCGUCCUCCUGACCGUCGAUCUCACAAAGGCCGUGGCUGAUGAGGCCAUUGCCAGAGGUGACUCCAUCAUCAUCACAUACCCCGUCGAUGCCACUCCAGGCGCAAUGGCAGACUGGCUGUGUCAGUGUGCAGUGCCAUCUUCCGUCCAACCCCGUCCCUCAACCGAGACGAUGUAUCCUUCUCCCGACCCCCCAGCAGACCCGGAAUUCCAAGAUGCCGGCAUGGGAAGGAAAAUCACUUUCGAACAGCCCCUGCCCUUGAACGACAUAAUAGACUCCAUUGCAAAGACUGCUUUUCCUCAGUCUAAUGUUAUUGGCACCGACACAGAACAUACCGUAGGCUUCUCUAUAGCUAUACCCCAGGGAUCUUCAGUGUCAGAUAUCACAAUUUCUUCUGUUGCAGCUUGCCCUGGCUCGGGGUCAUCGAUACUCAUGAAAAACGGAACUCCAGUGGCUGACUUGCUGCUGACUGGUGAGUUAAGUCAUCAUGAAGCUCUGGCUGCGAUAGAGGCUGGUUCGGUGGUGAUCACUCUCUCUCACUCAAAUUCUGAACGGGGAUUUUUACAGGGGCACAUGCGUUCGAACUUGCAUGAACGUUUGGCCCGGGAAUGGAGGGAGGCACGUGCCAACAAUGAUUUGGGGAGGAGUGACAGCGAUGAAUCAGAAGUACAAGUGUUGAAGCAGAUCUUUGCCGAUGACAGUGUAUGUAUUGAUGUUAGUCAGUCAGAUAGAGAUCCAUACCAGGUAGUUUGCUGGCAGAACGGGAGGGAGGCGUGA